AUAUGGGAAAAGCACUUAAGACCACACGUUUCAGGAACGUUAAAAUUAAGGUGGUGAGGAGGACUAUCGCUGGCCCUGCAAAGGUUUCUUACCUUAGUCAAGGUCUUCCCCAGCCCAACUACAAACAGACCCACCCUAUUACAUCUCAACAGGCUGAACUUGAUGAUACGACACCAAGCUGUUCUGAGAGUGCAUACAGUAAGGCAAAGAAGAGAGAGCUUCAUGCCUGGGAUGCAGUCAAGGAUGACAUGCUUAAGGUGUCGUUUGAAUGUUCAGCACCAAUCACUACCCAGUGUGUUGUCUGCCAAGAACAUGGUGAUUAUAGGUGCAUUGAGUGCAGCACCACUGCAGUGUUUUGUGAGGUUUGCCUGAAGAGGACUCAUAGAAAUUCACUGCAUCUUCCUGAAAAGUGGAAUAAUGUCUACUAUGAGCCAUCCUCCCUGGGGUUAUUCCUGUUUUUACCUGAAGGCCAUGACACCCAUGCUGUGUACACAAAGGUCAUGAAGGUCAUUGUCAGCACAGGACGGCUCUGCACCGUGACAGUCAACAUGUGUGCGUGUGAACCAGAAACCUGCACUUUGCUAAGGUAUGGGCUUUGGCCAGCAACAGCCGAAAAGCCCCAGACAGCCUUCUCCAUCCCUCUGCUGGAGCUUUUUGUGUGUCUGUCACUGGAGUGUCAGGUUUCUGUGGAGGGAUUUUGCAACACCCUGCGCUGGAAAAAUAACCUCACACUUGCAGAGGUUAACACACUCUACAGAGCCCUGGUGGGAGAAUCCAUAUCCCAUUUUAGGCAUCACCACUUCCGACAAAGAAGUUUGGUCGAUAUUUGCCCACAAUUAGAUGAUGGAACCAUAUGCCCAGCAUGUCCAAAGGCGGAUGGAGAUAUGAUUGUCACAUUGGAUGCCAACUUUGGCCUUGUGAGGAAGCAAAGCUCAGGUACAAGUGUGGUUGAGCCAUUACAUGGAACCCGCAUGUUUGUUGAUGAAAAGGAUGUAGAGGAAUACCUGCUAUCACAUCUUGACAGCUCAAAACCUCACGAGGUUAGUCAUAUUAGUUGAAAUCAUACUCAUCACAAACAUCUCAAAGGCAGCUUGUUCAUUUUUAACUGUUGCCAAAGGAAUAUGUGGGUAUUGCACAUCAAUUAAUCUCAGAUCUUGCUGGUAAUCAAUCAAGAUAAAAGCAGGUUUUCCUGGGUUCAAUUUCAGAAAGCGGCUU